GGACACCGCUUACCGCUUGAACCUUUGAGGGAAAAGCCAAAGUAAGGAUAUCUGCGUCUUGACGUGAACCAAGGUGACGACGCAGCGUUGCGUUUGUGCCUCUCGGUUACAAACCGUUACCGACUACCGCUCACACAAACACACAAAGCGAGACAACAGAUAGUUAUUGCUGCUCCCUUGUCACGCGCCAAAGAUACCUGCUCUUAAAAAGAAAACCCUUCUGUCAAAGCUGUUGUCUUCCCGCCGUAAUAUAUAAGAUGUCCUGCGAGCGCAUUGACCCAAAGGACUUUCACGGUCCUGCCGCAACGCAGUAUACCCAGAACAGUCUGCAGGAGCUCGCCAACAACCCCCAGUUCCGAUCCUACGUGCACCACGUCGAGUACAAGGAGCGUCUUUACCUCACCUGGUUCCUUGCCCCGUUUACGUUGUUCGGCGUUCUGUACUUCCAUCUUGCCAUGUUUGGCAGCAAUGGCGUCAACCUUUUCAUGGAACCCUCCGCCAGAUCUGAGUUAGUCCUGCGCGACGCUCCACUCGGGGUGAUCGUGGCGACGCUCAUACUGCUGUUCUACGCCAUUCCGUGCAUCAUCAUCAGUCCUUUUGCCGGGUUCUUUGAGGAGCAGAGCCGGUGGGCUAGUCUCGCCGUGCUGCUCUUCACCACGGGUGCAAACGUCGCCGCCGUUUCCUUUGGGGGGCCGCGUCUGCAUUACCCGCCGUUUCUGACGACGUCACCAACGCUGCCGGAGAUGAUUUCUACGUGGAGUCCGAUGGACAUCGCGGGCGUCUUUGUGCGUGACAUUUUGGUGCGCCGUGCGCUGUGCUUGGAGGGCUUCGUCGUUGCCGGGUACGCGGUUGCCGUGUGGCGGCGCAGCUACUGGCGGCGCGCGUGGCACCCACCGCUACCGCUGCUGACGAUUCCGCUGAGCGUUGGCCUUGCCGGAGUGGGCUGGUGGGUCGUUUUCCAGAAAGCCAUCCCUCUUUUCCUGGAUGCGCUCGGCACGCCCACGCCCGUGGCGGAGGCACUGCACUGGUCGGCGGUGCAAGCCGACCCCAUGGGAGCUGUGAAUCUCUGCGGGCGUGUGGUGAAGGAAAUCGUCCUUCGGUUGCAGCAGGAUGUGCUGCCGCUGGUGGAGCGACGGGAGCUUCCCUUUGCCUUCCGAGACGCCUCCGCAUGUUUGUCGCUCUACCUCGCCGCUUCUUCGAUGGCGUUGGUGCAUCUGCUCCUCCUCUUCGCGAAACCGGUGCUCGAUUUUGUUGUGGAUGCUUUUUUCUUUCUACUCCCUACUGAUCCUACUGUUUGGGGUCUCGCGAUGUUGGCCAGCAUUGGUUCGUUCGUCUCACUCUGGCGCGCCGCAGAGGGGUCUGAGUACGCGGUGUAUCUAGCAAGUUUAGCGUGUUUGGCGGCCGCUCUUCUGUUCAACGGCUUUGUGGCGUGA